AUGUCAUUUAUGGUCAUAAAGAGGACCAUAAGUGAGACUGUGAGAGGAGGCAUCACUGCUUGUGACAAAGCAAAGGACUUCAUGGAAGCUGUCGGGGCAAAGUUUAGGGAGUCAGAAAAGGCUGAGAUGGGGAACUUAAUGACCACACUUACAUCUCUCAAGUUCAAUGGAGACAAGAGUGUCAGGGAGCACAUUUUCAAACUGGUCGAGACUGCUACAAAACUCAAGGACUUGGAGGCGCCUGUGGAUGAAGCUUUUGUGGUGCAUAUGGCACUCACUUCACUACCAUCUAGCUUUGAUCAGUUGAAGAUCUCCUAUAAUACACAAAAGGAGAAGUGGACCUUGGAUGAACUCAUAUCCAUUUGUGCUCAGUAG